UUCACGCUGAAGGGUCUUAAUUUCCGUUUGUUUCCACUUUCCAUAGAAAAUGAAUGAGAAGUGGUAAAGAUUGAAUUUUGGUGCUUCUCACCAGCCAGUUUGUUGAGAAUCUUAUGUCAGAGUUGUUGUGAUGAAUGUAGAGGUUGUGUGAAUUAUUCCGUUGUACAAGGAGCAAUGGAAAGCAAGGCUAACAAUAUAUCAUUCAAUUCGGAUGAGAGCGAAAGGUGUUUGGAAUUUGAAAGCUGUGAUGAGCAUUUAUUGAUUGAUGAUGAUGAGCUUCCAAAGGACACCGAUUUAUGCUCAUUUGAAGUUGAUAAGAUCAUACAACAGCCUAAUGCAAGCUUGCCUUUGAUGGGCAAUGCUGUAGAGCCAUACAUUGGAAUGGGGUUCAAGUCUAGAGACGAUGCUCGAGACUUUUAUAUUGCUUAUGGCAGGCAUUCUGGGUUUACAGUAAGAAUUCAUCACAACCGGCGUUCGAGGAUGAAUAACAUGGUUAUUGGCCAAGAUUUUGUUUGUUCUAGAGAGGGUUUUCGGGAUAAGAAAUAUGUUUGCAGGGAAGAUAGAGUUCUUCCUCCACCACCUGUCACCAGAGAAGGCUGUGCUGCAAUGCUGAGGGUAGCUUUAAGAGAUGGGGAGAAGUGGGUUGUUACCAAGUUUGUAAAAGAACAUAAUCACACAUUAAUGGCUCCAAGUAAAGUUCCAUGGCGAGGAUUUGGGAAAAACUUAAUUAGUGAGGAUGAGAAGGAUCAGAAAAUUAGGGAUCUUACAAUUGAACUUAGCAAUGAGAGACAGCGCUGUAAACGCCGAUGUGCAGCUUAUCAGGAACAAAUAAGUAUGCUUUUGAAAGAUAUCCAAGAGCAUAGUGAUCACUUGUCAACAAGAGUUCAAGAUAUAGUAAGGAACAUAAGAGAACUUGAGAAUGAGCAAUGUGUAGAUUCAUAACAAUAACCAUUUGUACAUUUUUCCCUUUUGAGGCUUAAUACAGAUGCCACUAAUUUUAACAUUAAUUUGUCUCAGCCAAUUGGAUAUCGAGUUAAAUAAACACCAGAUGAUAUUGAUGU